CGAGCGCCAAGUUGCCCCAUUGCACAGGCCCCAGAGGCCUGCCAGGCUGCAGAUUUGCUUAGAGACCUUAUCAGUUCAACCGAACCAUGCUGAAUUAAUGGAAACUCAAUCAAACCUACAGUCCAACUGUCGCCUACCGUAUUUCAAAUUUCAUCGGUUACCACGCUCCCAACAAAGCUCCACGACAUGCGGCAGUUUGCCUUUUGAUCAUUGGCCAAUGCAACUUCUGGGCGAUUGUGAACUUGUACAAUUUUCAUGUGACUCGCUCAAGUACUCGUAUCAAAUAAUGUGAAGCAGUGUUACACUCUCAAUAGAUCCUCCAUGAAGAUCAGGCGUGCAAACCAUGCCAUAUCCGCGAGUCACACCACGAAGGAAACUUCUCCAUGUCCCAAUUCGUGGGGGCUGCGCCUCUUUCUGUCGAAGUUUCCUCGUUCCGCGCUCCUUUUGAUGCCACAGAUGCAGAUUUGAUCAUUCAUACUUCGGACGACGCAAAGUUUGCUGUCCACAAGAUCUUCCUCGCCGUUGCAUCUCCGCUUUUAAAGCGUCUUCUGUUGUCAGGGUCGUCCUCUCCAUGUCCGCCGUUUGAAGGACUCGUCCUUACACUCGACGGUGAUCACGCCAUCAUCAAACUCGAAGAAGACGCUCAGACAACUGAGAGGGUGCUGCAAUAUUGCUACCCCUUCUCCAAUCCUGUACUUAGUAGCCUAAACGAUGUGCAGGCCGUCUUUGAGAUGAUGAGAAAGUUCGGGAUGAAGGGGUUGAUGAACAAAGUCAAGGGCUCGCUUGUACAGCAAGCGUUCCUAGACGAUCAGCCGCUGCGCGUAUUCGCUAUCGCAUACCGUUAUGGUUUGGAGGAUGAAGCUCGUAUAGCUGCGAAGUAUACAGUCCGCCAGCCCUUCUUCACUCCCUACAUCGAAGAGCUGGAACACAUCCCCGCCUCCGUCUACCAUCGCCUCCUCCAGUACCACCGAAAAUGCAGUAUUGCUACAUGCUCGCUUACAGCUGACUUCUCCUGGUUUCCCAGCUUCGCAUCACGCUGGGUAUGGUUCCAAUGCGAUGACUGCGUUCAUCACCCCCUGUCGUGGCCUCUUUCUGAUGGGAAGAUAUACGAAGUCAAUGCAUGGUUCAUUGAGUUUAUGGAGCGUGCCAGGAAUGUUCUUCGUGAGCGCCCUUGUGGCAAGGUCGUCGCAGAUCCAUUCUUGAUUGCGGAAUGUCUGGAAGCAGCAUCUGGCUGCGUCACAUGUCGACCGGCUGCAUUCCUAGAUCUCAGCGUGUUUGUUGGAGAACACUUUGCUGUGGAGAUUGAUAGGGCGAUUGAUACUGUGGAGCUAGAUAUCCCAUUCUAGCUAGAUGUAUG